CCCCACCACCUACAUUUCCUGGUGUCAGUGGAGUAUGAGAAGCAGCUGAUACUGCACAGAGCUUCUUCCCAGCUGACUGACGAAAGUUCUGUGUAGGAUGGCAGACUUUGAGCUCUAUAAAUACCAGCAGGAAGUGGUUGAAAGGGCUGUUGAGGGUGAGAACAUCAUUAUCUGGCUGCCGACUGGAGGUGGGAAGACCCGAGCUGCUGUGUAUGUGGCCAAAAGACACCUGGAGACCACUAAGAAUGCUAAGGUGGUGGUACUGGUCAACAAGGUUCAUCUGGUUGACCAACAUUACAGCAAGGAGUUCAAUCCUAAACUGGGAAGUACCUACGAUGUGGUGGCAGUCAGUGGAGAAUGCGAAAGGAAGGACUUCUUUGGCAAUGUCGUGAGAGACUCAGACCUGGUUAUCUGCACAGCACAGAUAUUAGAGAAUGCCCUGAUUGAUAGAGAGGACAGCAGACAUGUUGAGCUCUCAGACAUCACUCUAUUGAUUAUUGAUGAGUGUCAUCACACCCACAAGGAGGCUGUCUACAAUAAGAUUAUGAGGCGCUAUGUGGAAAAAAAGCUGAAAGGAGAAAGACCAUUGCCACAAAUCCUGGGCCUCACUGCAUCACCUGGGACAGGGGGUGCAAGAAUCUUGGCAAAGGCCGUGGACCAUGUACUGGAGAUAUGUGCCAACAUGGACUCAGCCAUAGUUUCUUCUAAAACCUAUGCCCCUGAGCUAAAGGAGCAGGUCCCCAGACCCAUCAAAAAAUUUGAUAUUGCAGACGAUAGACCUCUGGAUCCAUUUGGGGAUCAUCUGAAGUUGAUAAUGGAGCAGAUCCAUGAGUACAUGGUGUUACCACCAGACUUCAGACUGAGGGAGACUGGCACACAAGAGUAUGAGGCAGAUGUGGUCAUUCUAGAGCAACGGGGGGUGAGGGAGAACAACAGAUUGCUGGCACAAUGCGCACUCCACCUCAGGCAAUACAAUGACGCCUUGCUCAUCAAUGACACUGUGCGAAUGAUGGAUGCAUAUUCAUCCUUGGAGGAUUUUUAUAGGACCAAGAUCCUCACAGCCAUCGAUGAAACAGACGACUUCCUGAUGAUACUCUUCCAUGAGAACCAGGCUGAGCUGAAGAAACUGGCAAUGGAUGCUCGCUUUGAGAACCCAAAGAUGGCCAAACUUCAGAGCACUUUGUUAAGGCAGUUUGAUCCAAAAUUGAUGUCAAGGGGAAUCCUCUUCUCUAAGACCCGUAAAAGCAUCCACUGCCUCAAUGACUGGGUCUGCAACAACAGAGCCUUGCAGGAUGCCGGUAUCAAGGCAGCCAUCCUAACUGGUGCUGGCAAUGGCAACACUUACAUGACUCAGAAUGAGCAGAAAGACACAAUUCGCAAUUUCCGUAAGGGCAUCCUCAACCUCCUUAUCUCCACCAGUGUGGCAGAAGAAGGCCUUGAUAUCCCAGAAUGCAAUCUAGUGGUGCGCUAUGGGCUGGUGACCAACGAGAUUGCCCAGCAGCAAGCUAGUGGACGUGCCCGAGCAAGGAACAGCGAAUAUUCAGUGGUUGCCAUGGCAGGGGGACCAGAGGUGCGGCGAGAACUCACCAAUGAAUACCUGGAGGAGUUGACUGCUAAAGCCAUCAGUCAAGUCCAAGAGAUGAGUCACAGAGAGUUUCGUGCAAAGCUAACUGAGCUUCAAACACAGGCACUGAUUUCUAAUCGGCUCGCAGAAACCCUCAAGAUAACGAAGAGAUGUCGCUACAGUGCAGCCGAUAUCCAGCUGUCAUGUAGGAGAUGUUUCAAGAUUGUGGCUUCUGGCAGUGACAUUAAACUUCUUGACAAUGAACACUAUGUCAACAUCAGCCGUGAAUUUGAAGAGCACUACAAGGUUGGUGGGCAGGCGCCCAUACCAAGGACUUUUGAUGACUGGGAACCUGGCCGUGUGAUCAGCUGCCGUAAAUGCAGUGAGCAAUGGGGAUUUGAAAUGAAGUACAAGAAGGUUGCCCUACUGCCCAAUAUGAAAAUCAAGAAAUUUGCGCUGGAGACCCCAGAUGGCAAAGUCCUCGUUAAGAAGUGGAAAGAUGUUCAGUUCCCUGUUGAGGAUUUUGACUUAAGUGAUUACUGUAAAGACCGCUUCCCUGACCUCUUAGAUUGAAAAAUCAACAAAAGAGGUUUUCUAUGUACAUGUAUUGAUUUUAACUUAGCCAUUUUUUUUAUUGUCAUGGAGCUAAAAGAUGUACACAUGAUCCAUUCUGUAUAUACUAGCACAUCUUCUGUUCUGAGGGGCCAAUGAGGCAGCAGAAUAUUAACACACAUUGCACAUCAAUCACUGUUGGAAUCAGCAUGCCAGCUUUGGUUAUGCCCACAUAUGUCAUCAUUGCAUGUUAUUGUGUGUGUGUGUGUGUGUGUUUUUUUUAUGUUCCAUCUCAAGUCAUGCACAAAAACAGUAGAAAAUGAGCUAUGCUGCAACAUGAAUAGUCAAAAUAAACAAUUAAUAUUCCACCAUGAAGAAAAAUGAAGCACGAAUACACAGUUUUUAGCUUGGCAUGACCUCUGUACAUAAACAAAGGAAGGGUAAUAUGAAUUUGUAAUAAUGAAUUGUAA